AUGGUUACUCAUUGUGGUGCUCACGUGAGGGGAAGCAGGAAGCGUCAAACAACGCAUAAACAAUGUUAAAAGGGAGACGAAAGUAGCAUAUUAAGAAUGUUUCUUACAAUGUAGUGUGUCUCAUUUCGUUGUAUCAGCAUAUCUUUGUUGACACUGAAGUUCCUUCAGGAUGUCUUCUACUCGGGGCUGCCAGUACAAUCUUGUCCAAAGCCUUGCCACACUGUUGCGAAAUAAUGGUGACUCUGUUUUGGAUGGCUCAAGCACUCUGACUCUGCAUGUGACUUGUGUACAGCAUUUGACAAACCUCUUUGAACAGUACCUGCUUUCACGCACACACCAGAACAGCUUCCUGGCUUUGCCAUCACACCCAGCUGAUACCAUCACACUGCUACAGGUGCAGUUCCUCUUUGACAUGCUACAGAAGACCAUCUCGCUCAAGCUUGUCCAUCCACCUGGGGUAAUACUGCAGUCCACUGUGAAAAUUUUCCCCUUUAAGUCCCUUAAGCACUUAGAGCUGAAAAGAAUACCUCCUCAUUGUCUGGAAGGGCUGCGUGGUGUCUACUCUCAGCUGGAGGUCUUCAUCUGCUCUAAAAGCCUCAACACUUUGGAGGAACUUUUGUUACUUUGUGGAGGAGAUCUCAGUACUGCCCUGCCUUGGUUAGAACUUCACACUCUGAACUUCAGCUACAACUAUAUUUCCUGUCUUGAUAAAUCCCUGAGUUUGUUGAAUAUCCUAAAGUCAUUGGAUUUAAGCCAUAACAAGAUCAAGGAAUGUGCUGAAUUUCUGAAGCCACUCUGUGAGCUCAAACAUCUUAAUCUUGCCUAUAACAACCUGCAGAGAGCACCAGAGCUUAGCCUGAAUGCUAGAACAAGACUGGUCACUUUGGUGCUCAGACAUAAUCAACUGGAAAGUAUUAAUGGAGUUGAGCACUUAUCUUCUCUUCAGUGUCUUGACCUGGCCUUCAACUUGCUAAUGGAGCACACACAACUAGCCCCACUUGCCUUUCUGCAUAAUCUCAAUAUGUUGACUCUAGAAGGCAACCCUCUGUAUUUCCAGAAAUCACACAGGAACUCAACCAUAUAUCACCUUUCUCCACGAGCGGAUUUCAGAGGAUUUCAACUGGAUGGUUCUACAUUGUCUUCCACUGAGCUUGCAGUCUUGCCUAAACCUAGGCAGCUUAUAAACCACAUAUCCCAAACGCAUCAAAUUACCAUGGCACCUGGGCAUAUUGUACAGGACAUGUCAAGUGGCAGAGAAGAAUUGGGUGACAGCUUGCCUACCAGUGAAUAUGGAACAAGUCAAAUUUAUAGAAGGAAAUCCAAGCAGAAGGUGAAGGUGAGGACAGCUAGCAUCUCAGAACCCAGUGAUACAGAGCCCAGUUCAUUAUCUUUGCAAGACAUCAUUCUGUGCCACCAGAAGGACAUUGAAAAGUUGGACAGCUUUCGGGAGCAGAUGGGCAAGGACUGGCUUCGCUAUCAGCAUCAUAUACAUGGCUCGUCAGCCCUUCUGUCUGGCCCCAAGGUGGAGGGACUUGUAGCACAACCAAUUGCUGAAAAUCUUUGCACUCCUUCACCUCCAUUAACCAGAAAUGAUUCCACCAUUCCCAAAUUAGACUCUCUCCCUGUCCCACUGCUAUCCUCUGAGCUUAAAAGAGAAGAAGGGAUCAUGGAAUUCCAACCUGAGACUGAAUCUACCCUACAGUCAACAGACCACAGCUUUGUAGGUAUGGAGUCUACCCUAGAGAAAAGUCCUCAAGACCAACAGCCUCCAGAUAAGGCCUACUCUAAUCCAACAUUUGGAGAAGAAGAAGAGGACCUUGGAGUGGACGUGUGUAGGCCUAUGCUGGUCAGGGUGCUUUCUGAGAUUGAAGAUUUUAACAAGAGGAAGGUCUCAGAGCCAAUGUUUCUGCGAGUUUAUCAGGAUUAUAUUUUGGAGGUGGACAUGCACCAGGGCUGUGUCAGGAACCGAUUUGAGCUUGACAGUUUGCGGCAGGUCACCACCUCUCAAGUCACCUGGACCAAGGAGGGCAAGGAGAGGUGUCUCCCAGCUCUAGAACUGCGCUUUAGCUACAUUAGUCACGAAAAACAAAGACGCCGGUACCUUUUGCUCGAUGAUGAUCCUCAGGAAGCCUUGCAGGUUCUGUUGGAGUUGCUUUCUAGAAUAGCAGUGGAGAAUGAGCAUCAGGGAGAAAAGGAAAAAACAGCAAUUGUUCAGCUACAGUGUCUGAAGUGCCAAGCUGAAUUUUCCCAGCCACAGUCUAAAAAGCUGCUGCAGACCCUGUCUGAACCUGAUGUCUAUCAUGAAUAUCAAGACAAGACCAUGAAGGAGCACGCUGUUGGUGAUGCUGUGUUUUGUCAAGAAUGCAACAGUGAUCAUGUGAUCCAGCUAGAUGGCCAAACCUCUCCUGCUAGUACAGCAGUCCCCUUUGGCUUUAAUCAGAAUGGUGACACGGGCUUCAGAUUUGAUUAUAUUGGUGCUCAGAAGGGCGAAUCUCUUCACAGCCCCAUCUAUGUAAGAAUGUCUUCUGAAGCCUCUACACUUCCCAAUGGAACCACAGGGACCUUCCUCACUGCCCAGUGUGGCUUAUUUAAAAGUGUAUCCAGUAACAUUGAGGACUGUCCCAACCAUAGCUUCCAAGUGCUCAGUGACCCAAGAUGGUCAGAAGAUGGGCUUUCUCAAAGCUGUAGUGGUUCUCUGAACCUCCAGUCUCCUCAAGACCCACACAAAUAUGGUUAUGAUUUUGACACUGUCGAUCACCGAUUGCAGCUCUUCCUGGAUGUGGAAGUUUUCGAAGGAGAGGAAGAGAUUAAUUGUUUCCUGAAAAUGUCUGUUGUGAAAUUCGGAGAUCCAGUAGAAUUUCCAUCUCUCGUGGUUGUGUCCAAUCAAAGCAUCUACAUCCUUGAAAUGACUUCUCAGUCAGAAGGUCAUCCCUCAGAAUGGCUGCAGAAGAGGGACAGCCAUAGAAUAUGCGAACUCAGCUACCUGGAUGUGGGUCUUGGUUCACAAAGCAUCCACAUGGAGUUUGAUGUAAGCGCUGCUGCAUACACACUUUUGGUUCGCGACAGUGCUCGGUGCAAACACUUCUACAACCAACUGGCAGCAAUAGCAAGAGAACUUUCCCCAAAGCAUCACAGCAAGCUUAAGACCAUUUCAUCCACACAACUGAAUCCCAAGCAUCAUCUGUGGCCCCUGGUUUAUGAAGGCAGUAAAACAGGCACAGAACUGGAGAGUCAUCCUCCAUUCUUCUACAUCCUGGCCUUUCUCCUCCUAGGUGACUCUUGGAGCUCAGUGACUGUUCUGGCCACUCAAGAAAUACUUUUUCUCCUUGAUGAAGAUUACCAAUGGAGUAAGAGAUGCUCUAGGCUUGCAGCCAGUGAGGAGGCACAAACCACCAGUAGGCAGGUCACCGUUCGUGAAAUGCAGCCUAUCAACUAUGUCAGUUCUAUCCUUUUCUUUUCGUCUGAUCCAUACAAGGUCAACAUUCUGCUUUAUGAUGAGCUGGCCAAAGAGAAGAGGACAUGGCUUUUAAGGGCUGAGUCUGUAAAGGGUAUCCAAGGUUUAGUGAACUGGAUCAAAGGCCAUUGGGAAGCCAUGUUUGGGGUCAAACUCAUCACUGCUAUUCAAUAGAAACUACUGUUGUAUUGCCUACUAUUGCACUAUUCUCAGUAUUUUUAUGAGCACAUCAGUUUGCUUGCACUGUCCACGUGUGUUUUGCACAGAUUUUAUCUAUAUGUAUUAUCUGUUUAUAUUAGUAAUAUAAAUGACAUCAUUAUCUAGAUCCUGCAGAAUAUUAUUUUUGUUGCUGCAUAGAUUUCAUUAAUUCAGUAGCCAUGUAUGUACAUAACUACUCAAAGUACAUUUGUUGUCACACAUAGAAAACACAAAGCACUUUAAGAGGGUUUUAAGAGUGUAAUGUAGUCUAAUAGGUUUGAAAACUGUAUUGCAAUCUAACUAUUCAUAGCAGUUAGAAUUCGGAUGCAUUUGUUUUCAUAGAUUAAUUCUUGUGAUCUGUAAGAUACCUUGAGGUGCACUUGUAAGUAAAAGGCACCUGAGUAUAAAUGUAAUUUCAGUUUUGUGAAUAUUGUUUAAAAGAAUAUUAUAAGGAAUAUGCCUGUGCUACAUCACAUCACUGAUCUCAAUUUCUCAUAACAUUUACAAAUGCCUUGUUUAAAAAAAAGUAUGAAUUAUACACUUUACUGUGCUUUGUUCCACAAAGCUGUUUCAUUCAACAUGUUUGAUUGUAUAUUUUUGCUGGACAUGUGCUCAGAAUAAAAAAGAUUUAUGCCAGAAA